AUGUUUUUCGAGUUGUGCUGUCCAAUGGUCGUCCGCUGGCGUCUCGACGUCUUACCGCUGUAUGAUGUGCCGCAGGUCCGGCCGGAAUCGUCAACAAUGGCCAACGGUACAAUAAUUGCACAUCGCACUAAUCACCGAAAACCACGCACCGGACGCGACGACCGCGGUUACUACAACACUCGGCGGUUACGUAUGCGUGGUAAUGGUAUAACACUGACCGAAAGACGGGCCGAGAAUAUCGCAAACCCUACACGCUCGUUGGGGUGUCACUUUUUCGACAUCAUCGUAUCCGAUCGUAUGAUAUAA